UGUUGGCAUGGGGACAUGGGAUGCGAAGAUGGGCCUGCCACGGAGGAGGGAGCUGAUGGCAAUGCCUUGCAGCUGUAGAAACAAAGGCUGUGACUGAUCAAGAGGGAAGCUGGAUCUGUCAUGUUGCAUUCUGGGUCUGUUUUAGGAACAGAAACCAAGGCACCUGAUUGUGGCUUUUCCCUGCUUUCCUGCCUGCAGAAACCACCCAGUCAGGGGCCUAGCAGGAAGAAGCUGGGCCAGAAAGGGACGUGUGUGUGUGUGUGUGUGUGUGUGUGUGUGUGUGUGUGUGUGUGUGUGUGUGUUCAGGGUUCAGGUGCCUGGGGAACGGUAAUCCCAGAGCAACCAAGCUGGGGACGGCCGGAUCUCCUCCCAUAUCCUUCUAUAUCACGGCCCAGCGAGCAGGGUGGGAGCUGGUUUCUUUUCCAGCUUGUCCAGGUUUGGUUCCAGCAGCCCCGCUGCUUCUCCGGGCCCUGGGUGCUCGCCUUUUCUCCUCCCUUAGCAACCGGGAGUCUGUGGACGCUACCAAGCGGCAACUGGGAGGCUGCGGGGAACCCGGGCAAGGAAGGGAGGAGCCCAGCCCAGGUGCUCCGAGUCCCACCGCGGCAGUGCAAAGCCACCGUUAGCUGCGUCUGCACCUGCAGCGGGGUCCAAAAGGGAUUCAGCAAAAAUGAGCCAUUCUCACCCCGCUGGAUACCACAUCUCUUCCUUUGGCUGAGCAAACCCAUUCAUCUAAACAGAUGGGGAUGGAGAGGCAUUUGUCCUGGGAAUGCUGAGUUCUCGGAAUUCCUUCAGAGACGCAUAUCAACAUUGCAGUCAUCUGUCACCGGAAAUGUUCCUGAUUACUUGCCACUUAUAACAGCCUCACAGAUAAGCACCUGGCUGGGUAUUUUAACAAUACCAGGAUCAGGCGGCACCUCCUAAGAUCGGGGCUGAUCACUAGAAGUGGGAGGAUACUUUCUGAAAAGGAGUACAAAGUAAACACCAUGAAGCAGGAUCACAAAAAAUACAUCCGGGAGUGCUUAGCCCAGGCCAUCUUCCACAAGGUCCUUGAUAUGGAGCGCGAUCACCAGCUGGAAAUAAAAAGGAAACUGGAUACCUUAGCUAGGAAAGAGCGGACUCAGAGGCUGAAGGGAGAGCACACAAGACGAUUUAUUGAAGAUAACAUGCCCAUUCUCACUCCCCAUCCUCCAGCUGGCCCAAAGACUAACCGUGGCUGUAGCGUUCUGGCUGAGGAAGGACGUUCUAGUCCAUUAACACUGACAGCUCCUCGACCAUAUACUGCCCCAGGAAAUAUGCAGCCUCCAAUUCGAUUGCAGCCUCUUCUCAGUAAUCGCUCAACGAGAAAUGUUUCAAAGAUAACUUCAGGGUCCAAACCCAGAACCUCAUUGCUGGAAAGUGAAGCUCCAUUUCCUAUUGGGGGCAAGAAAGCAAUGAUGAAAUUCAGGAACUACAUGGACAAUUCCCAGAGGCCGGAUUCCUACCAACUUCCAGACAUUAACAGUUACCUGACACCUAUCCCCCCGACACCCCAACCUCAAGCAGGAAAGAUCUCAAGCAGGGAGAACAGGUCCGAGCCUUGGAGGAGGAAGAGGCUGCGUCCCAUCACGGCUCCCAAUGGCUUAGAGCCCCUCUACACCAGGGAUCCGGGGAGGGUUUACAAAGCAGCGCCACAUAGCAAUGCAGUUAUCACAAUGGUCUACUUCGGGAAGAAUGUGCACCUGUCUUACGAAGACACAGACUUUCGAGAUGAAAUCAAGAUUUACCAACAGCACUGUGGAGGAGAGAACCUUUGUAUCUACAAAGGCAAACUGCUUGAGAAAGACACCUUUCAGUUUAUCUCCAAACGACACCAUGGCUUCCCCUUCAGCCUCACCUUCUUUUUGAACGGGAUUCAAGUGAACAGGCUCAGCUCCUGCUGCGAGUUCAAGCACCGUAGGAGCUCGAGGCUCGGAGGCAAGAGAGGCUACUUUGGGAUCGUGAAUGUGGAGAAGGCAUCUCCUUGCUACAGGUGUAUUAUUGCCAUGGGCCUUGACAGAAAACCAUCUCCAACAAAACCUAGGAAGGAAAAGACUGCUGAGAAGAAGGAGGAACCACUGAAGAAGAGUCAGGGGAAACUGAGGAAGGACAGAGAUAAUACACCAUCGAGAAGGAACAAGAUGGAGGGGAAAGAAACCUUGGUCUCAACCACUUUUUCAGCGGAGGAAAUAAAGUCAGGCGUCAGAGAAGUGAGAACGGCUAUAGAGGAAAUGGAAUGGAAGGGCGAGUCAGGACAAGAUGUUUGGGAAGAGGACCAGGAAAACACUUUUAAAUACGACUAUGAAGAAGAUUUCGAAGUAGAUGAGGAAAAGCAAGAUGAGCGAGCUGAAGACCAGGGUCAGGCUGACGAUCAGAUGAGUGCAACAUCCAAGUCACCCACUGAAGGGGAGAAAGAUAAUUUAAGCCUUGAAAAGGAGGAGGCAGCAGAUGCCCACGACAAUGACAACCGUGAGGAUGAUGGGUGCUCGGACAGUGAAGAGGAGGACAGACAAGAUACUAAGACCCUUUCAUCGAUCUCAUCUAGAAGUCACCCGUACUCUAGUGACAGUGAAGACGAAUCGACAGAGCUGUGUGCAGAAGCCCACUCUGGAAACAGUGCAGGGGGAAGUUCCACAAGUUCCUCUUCUCACGACCUACAGGAAAAUGAUGACCAAGGAAAAUUCCACUUUCCGGUCGAGGAGUCCUUGGAAACUGAGAUCGAAGAGCAAGAAAUCACAAAAGUAGAUGUGGAUAACAGCCCUCCAUUGACAGAGGUUAGAUAUAUACAUGUUACUGAGGAAGAACCAACAGAGGGAACCCAAGAGAUUACAGAAGCCAAGAUGUCUAGGCAGCCUGCUUCUCCAGAGGCAAAGGCUAAAGGUCAGCUCCAGGUGGGAGGCACAACUGUGGUGGAGGACAGAAAAGCAGGCCUCCCUGGGCUGGAAGAAGAGGUUGGACAGAUAACAGGUGAAGCCCAGUCACCUGAACACUACCGCUGCCACACAGCAGCUGGACUUAGCACUGGAGAAGAUGGGCUGACACCCACGAGAAAACUGGAGGUCAACCUGGGCGGAGUGGUGGAGGAAAGAGCAGCCAUCAGCUCAAAUGGGCAGCCCGAGCAAGCUGCACAAGAGGUGUGCACGCCGGAGAAGGAAACAGCCAUGGAGGAAGAUGAAUGUUCCCAGCCUGAGGAUGCUGACACCAAUGCAGGACUGAGGGAGAAAGGAGGAGCGGAGGAAGAUGAUCCCCAGGAUGCUGACAUGGACAUGGGGCUGAGGGAGAAAGCAGGGGUUGCAGAGGUCCCCUUAGGGAAGAAGAGCCCCACAGAAGAGCAGCCAGCAUUAUCAGAGCAGUCUGCAGAGAAAGGGGAGCGCCCCCUGAGCACAGCUAGUGAGGCAGAGACAGGCACAGAAGGACGUGGCAGGUCUGGAGAGGAGCAGUUAAACCUCACAGGAAAAAUAGCAGUGGAGCAAGCACUGGAGAGUCAGAGGACGGUGGACCCCGAUAGGCAGCGCUUGCUGCAGACAGUGAUGGAGAAAGGAAGGGCCUUUUCUGGAAGGGAGCCAGUACUGGAGAGGGCAGUGCUCACAGAGAGCUCAGAGUUCAGCUCAGAGACUCCUGGGGAAUCAGCAGUUCUGAAAGAAUCAGGGACUCCUGAGGAGGCAGAGAGCCAGGCCGGCUCCCCAGGACCAGAUGGGAACCAAAGCAAAGAGGGAGCUCCCACAGAGCUAGAGGACAUGGGGCCCGUGGAGGACACGGCACCAGAGAGAGAGGAUGGUUUUGAAGAGGCAAUCCUUGGAGGGGAGAAAGCAGCUCCUGAGAGGAAGGAGGUUCUAGAAGCACAAGCACCCUCGAGUUCCUCAGCAGGAGAAGCAGGGGCAAGCCCCGGAGAGGUUGUCCAGGGCAACCCUGAGAAACUCUGUAGGGCAGACACACCAAGGGAGAGAGUCGUGGCGGACACAGAAUCUGUCCUGGAACAGGAUCCCACAGUAGUGCUCCCUGGGGAGUUCACUGCAGCUGGAGACAGGAGGAAAGUUGAGAGGCCCCCAACACCUCCGAGAGAAACUGGAUCUGAAAGAGGAGAGGAGACAGGGGUCAAGGUGUUGAAGACAGAAGAGAAGUUGGAGGAGCAGAAAGCUAAAGGGGAAGAGGAGGGCCCAGUGGAGGGAGUGAGGUCUGUGGAAGACGCCCAUGCAUCCCCCAACAAGAUGGAGGCUGAUCCUGAGGAUACGAAUCCCACAGGGGCAACCGAGUUGAGGGAGGACACAAGGCUUCUAGAAGAUUCACCCAAAGAAAGAACCAUCGCCUUGUCUGAAGCAAAACUUCAAUUUGAGAAGUUACUGGAAGAUAACGAAGCCACAGCCACAGAGCGCAAAGAAGGAGGAGAAGAACUGCCAGCCCAGGAGAGUGAGGCUCCAUUGCAGCAGGGGAGGUUGCCCGGCGCCCCUGGACCUGAGCCAGCAGGCAAAGCUCGGGUGCCCGAGAGUGUUUUCACAGCCAGAGGUCGAGAGUGGACUGCCAAGGAGCUAGACAGCCUCGAGGGACCAGAGAGACUGGAUGAAGAAGGGCCUUUGCAAAUGCAAAGAAGGAACAUCGUGAUGACGUGUGGAAAUCUUCCCGAGGAAAAGCUCGCUGUAACAGAGGUGUUCAGUGGAGAGGCUGAGGGUGAGAAGACACAGGAAGAGGGGGGUGAGGAUAGAAAGUACCCUCCAGGGACAGUGACUGACAGCCUGGCAGGGCAGGACUGGGCCACGGGAGGAGGCACAGUCAAAGAUGAGGAGGAUCCACAAGGAAGAGGAGUUGAAGAAACAGUUGCAGAGCACAGGGAGGUGUUGGCAGAGUCAAUGUCCACUUCUGGGGACAGUGUGACCUCCUCCUUCGCAGAUGUCCAGAAGGAAACUUGGAACAGAGCAGGCGAGGCUCCAGGAGAAACAGCAGCUGAAGACAGUGUGACAGCUGAGGACAUGACAUCCAGGACAGAAAAGGUGGCCGUGGUAGAGGGAGUGACAUCAGCAGAGGCUGGGGAGGUCACACAGGAACAGAAGCCUCCUGAAGUGCAGGGCUCAGAGCCCGGGGAAGUGAAGGCCUCUCAGCAUGCAGGCAUGGCUAUGGAGGAGACAGGGACUAGGAGGCAGGAUGAGGGACACCAGUCAGGAGCAGCUGAGGAGUUCAGAGGACCAGCGCCUCAAGGAGAGACAGAGCUUAGCAGUUUCUAGAGGCAGCACUUCCCAGGAAGCUGGAUUUUUCUAGAACCUCAGAGAAAUUGCAAAGAGAAAGUUCCCUUGAUCACAAUGGAGUACAUAUAUGUAAUAUAAUGCUUAAAUACCUAACUUUUGAAUAGUGGAAGUAAACAUCAAAAUAUAUUUAUUUUACAUAUUUUUCAUUUCCAAGACACCAUCAGGUCAUUAGGGCCUAAUUUCUAUUGUUCUGAAUGAUUUUACCCACAGUGCUAUCUUUUUCCCCAGCGUAUUAUGGGAAAAGACUGACACAGGCACCUCACCAGUACUUCAGAUUUUCUUUUAGCUUGCUGUUGGCCUUCUUUGGUCUUGAUCUGUAGGUGCUGGUCAGUAGGUUAGUAACCAUGGUGAACGAGCUCGGGGAGAUUUGCUCCCACGGGAACUGUGGUCCCAAACAGAGAAUGGGGGGUAUUGAACAUUCUACACAGCUCUGUUUAAAUCAAAGUGAUGAUUUUUAAAUAUUUGGCUUUUACCAAAGAUUACCAGAAGGUGAUCCCUGAUGACUUGAAUUUGUUUAAAUCACUUUUUAUUUGCAGUUAAAUAUUAGUCCCAAUUUCAUGCAUGGAAUUGUGUCUUAAUCACCUGGUCUUUGGAAUGAGCUGCUCGGGCUCUUCCUUGUCCACUUAAAACUGAAGAUUGCUCCACGCCUUUCCAAGUCCUUCCAGGAAAAGGAUUCCAUGGUGUGGAAAUUCACUUUCUCUUGGAAACACUAAUUAUUCCUAUUUACACCUGGUGUGUGUGUGUGUGUGUGUGUGUGUGUGUGUGUGUGUGUGUGUGUGUGUGUGUGUGUAAAAUGGGAACCUUCCUGAAAGUGCCCUUUGUUUGUAUGCCUUUGUGUUCCAUUUUCUCUGGUAGACUAGCAAAGUGUGACUUCCAGCAUUUUGUCAUUGGGAGCAUUAUUUAUCAGAUUUCUCAAAUGCAAAAAACAAAAAAGUACUUAGUCUAGGUAACUCUGAGAAGUGUGAUUGUAAUGGGAAAACUUGGUCCAUCACACAUACCCUGGUCCAUCACAGGCACUCUGGGAAGACAUGGUCCAUCACAGGCACUCUAGGAAGAUGUGGUCCACCACACACACUCUUGGAAGACAUGGUCCAUCACAGGCACUCUGGGAAGACAUGGUCCAUCACACACACUCCGGGAAGACAUGGUCCAUCACAGGCACUCUAGGAAGAUGUGGUCCACCACACAUACUCUGGGAAGACAUGGUCCAUCACACACACUCUGGGAAGACAUGGUCCAUCACACACACUCUUGGAAGACAUGGUCCAUCACAGGCACUCUGGGAAGACAUGGUCCAUCACACACACUCUGGGAAGACAUGGUCCAUCAUACAUACCCUGUACCUGAUGUCAUCCUAAAGAUCUGCAGCCUGUGCUCCUUCCAGGCUUCUGUUCUGAGUGACCCCACAAUAUGUCAACUAUCAUGAUCACUCUUCAGAUGGUGCCCAUAUACAAUUUCCUACUUGGAUAUCAGCAUAUUGUGAGGGUCUAAGUUUUCUUGAAGACAUCCACACACUAUGCCCCAAAGGUCACAGGAUUGGUAGUCUUUCUACAAGUGAGGAGAUGAGAGUUUUUCCAAGGCAGCAAUUCCCCAGCAGGAGGAGAAUCAACCUUUCAUGGGGCACUUUCAUGACUGAAUUCUUUCCCCAUCACAAAGCUUCAGAUAUACUUGGUCUUAAAUGAACCUAUGCAUAAAUAUUUAAAUUUUUUCUUGAUUCUAGUAUGUAGCCAAAGUUGAGGACCUUUUUCCCCAGUCACCAGACAGUCAUGCUGUCUGCCAUCUGCUCUGUGUUGCUACUGUCAAGGUGUCCUGUUGUUACAGAUGGUUUUCAUUUUGAUGACUGUUCAGGAGCUUUUUGAUAAUCAAUGAUGUACCAGAGUAGACAUAUUGAAACAGAGAGUGGACGGAUCAUUUUAUCACGGACAUUAUCACCUACAGCUUGCCACCUGCCCUCUUCUCAUAAUUAGAAACUGCAGAGGGUGUUGGGGCAGGGGCGUGGGGGGGAGGGGCAGAAACUGCUGCUUUACCAAACCUUGGAGGCGAUUCUAAAGUGUACCAAAGCCUGAAAACUGCUCAGAUGGAUCACUAGUUACACUGAGUCCUCAUUGUGGUUAAAAAAACAGAUUUCAGGAACACUGUCAAGUUCAUCUUGGUCUCUUUGUCUUUUGUGACAAAGCAUACAGCAUGCCCUCCUGUCUGGUCAUUCUAAAGGAGAUGGUAAUCAUCAUAAAAGUGAUGGAUCCACCCUUCAGCUCAUUUCAGUAUAGUUGUAUGGAGUGUAUUUGGGACUUGCCUCUCAGUCAACUGAAUCUGACAGCAGGUUCCCUGCCCUGUGCUCUGUUUCAUGGCUGGAUCUCAUCUCCUCCACAUCCAGAUCCACAGCAUUACUGUGACUGAUAUAGGAUUUCACCCCAGCAUUAUUCUCCAUGUUACAGAGCACUUUGAGCACAAGCACUGAUGAGAAAGAUUUUACAAACUCGUUAAUCACAUUGAAAAAUGAGUUUUGUACAAUGUGCUAAAUGGAAAUUGCCUUGGAUUAUUUUUAUAUUUAACACCUUCCAUCGGCCCAGUCUGUAGCACAAUUCUACAAUCUGCAUGUGGAUUUAACUGUGAAAUUCAGUGUUGUGAUGUUUUGAUUGAGUGAAUUUUAUCUUUAUAAAUAUUACAUCAAUAAAAUUAUGUUUAGUGAAACUGA